AUGGCGAAAAAGAAAAAUAAGGGAAAUGGAGGAAACAACAACAGCAAUGGAGCAACAAAGGAAAAUGGAGAAAACAACAACAAUGGAGGAAAGGAAAAUGGAGAAAACAAUGACGAUAACAAGAACAACAACAACAACAACAACAACAAUACGGUGUUGAAAGUUUCUAUGCAUUGUGACGGUUGCGCUUCCAAAAUCAUCAAACACCUUCGUUCCAUCAAAGGUGUGGAGUCUGUGAAAGCAGAUAGUGAGACCGGAAAAGUCACCGUCGUCGGAAAAGUGGACCCUGUGAAAGUGAGGGACAAUCUCGCGGAGAAGAUAAAGAAGAAAGUGGAACUCGUUUCUCCACAGGCCAAGAAAGAGAACAAGAAGGAAACGGAAACAAACAAUAAUUCCGACGAGAAAAAGAAGACCGAGGAGAAAAAUUCCAAAGAUAAAGAGUCGGUUACUACUUCUGUGUUGAAAAUGUUGCUGCACUGCCAAGGAUGUAUUGACAAAAUUGGCAAGAUUGUGUUGAAAACAAAAGGAGUGCUUGAAAUGGCUAUUGAUAAGGAGAAGGAUAGUGUGACUGUAAAGGGAACAAUGGAUGUGAAAAAGUUGGUUGAGAAUUUGCAAGAGAAGCUUAAGAGAAAAGUUGAGGUUGUCCCUCCUAAGAAAGACAAGGAAGGUGGUGGUGGUGGUGAGAAAGAAGGAGGUGGUGGAGGUGGAGGAGGGAAGAAAAAGAACAAGGGUGGUGGUGGUGGUGGUGGUGGUGGUGGAGGUGGUGAUGGAGGAGAGGGGGGAGAGAAUAAUAAUAACAAGGAAGGAGAAGUUAAGAAAAUGGAGUAUAUGAUUCAACAGCCUUUUGGAUAUUAUGGUUAUGGAAAUGGAAACUAUGAGGGAUAUAAUGAACAAAUUUACCAAAAUCUGUUACAUAUUCAUAUGAAUACUCAACCACCACAAAUGUUCAGUGAUGAGAAUCCUAAUGCUUGCAAUGUCAUGUGA